ACUUGAACUGAGCAAACGCUGCAUCUUUAUGUCUCUGUGUAAAUCAAGGAUAUUAGUCGUAGUGUGUUCGGGUCAAUACUAAACGGAAACACGCAGAGGUAUGGCAACUUAAAGACUGUUUUAUAGCUUUUACACCUUUGCUACUUUGUCUCCCACUUGUUGUUUUUUAACCUCGCAGUUCUAAGUGUUGUUGCCAUCCCAACAGUUUAGUUUUGACUCGACCAGCUCUUCUAACUUACUCCAGAAACCCACUUGUGAUCAGUAAAUUCACCUCUUCUGCACGAAUACUUCGCUCCACUUGAGUAUUUUAUUGCAUAAACCCGAGAGGAGGCAGUUGGAGGUGUUUUUUGUUUGAGGGGGAUAAAGAUGUCCGGCGCGGCUUCAGAGCUCCACAACCAGGAAAACAUGCUGUCACGACUCCGGGGAUCGCUUAAAUCCCGAGCAGGGUCAAGCGAGAACCAGGAAAACCUUCCACCCAAACAGGCUGGAGCCAGAACCGUGCUGGGAGCCCUGCAGAACCACCAGAGGAACCAGAAACAGCGCGGAUCCAAGCAGGAAUCGUCGCAGUCUUUGUCAUGCAAAAAUGAAGAUCUUGGUAAAAGCUGCUUUGACAAGCCAGCUGCAAAGCAACCCAUCUUCCAGAUCCAUGUGGAUGAGCCCGAUGGUGCCUGCACCAAGAAGCCGGUGGCUGAAGCCGUCAAAGCAAAGCCCACAGUCUCCUGCUCUCCCCUGGCAGUCACCAAUGCCGUGGCUCAGCUCAGGCGGCCGCUGGCCACCCUUGAUACUCCAUCUGCAAUGGAUGUCAGCUUUGGUUCUCCCAUGGACAUGUCUGUGGUCGAGGGCGAGGAGAAGCUUGUGAAUGUAAACGACGUCCCAGAGUAUGCAACUGAAAUCCAUGCCUACCUGAGAGAAAUGGAGGUGAAAACCAGACCCAAAGCCGGCUACAUGAAGAAGCAACCUGACAUUACCAACAGUAUGAGGGCCAUCCUGGUGGACUGGCUGGUGGAGGUUGGAGAAGAGUACAAGCUCCAGAACGAGACCCUCUAUCUGGCUGUUAACUACAUUGAUCGCUUCCUGUCUUCGAUGUCUGUCCUACGGGGGAAACUGCAGCUCGUUGGAACUGCUGCCAUGCUGCUAGCUGCGAAAUUUGAGGAGAUCUACCCUCCUGAGGUGGCAGAGUUCGUCUACAUCACAGAUGACACCUACACCAAGAAGCAAGUGUUGAGAAUGGAGCAUUUGGUGCUCAAGGUGCUCUCCUUUGAUCUGGCAGCACCAACAAUAAACCAGUUUCUCACACACUACAUCUGCCAUCAGUCUGUUGGCAAAACGGUGGAAAACAUCGCAAUGUACCUUGGGGAGCUCAGUCUGAUUGAUUCAGACCCUUUCUUGAAAUACCUGCCCUCACAGAUGGCAGCUGCAGCCUAUAUUGUGGCGAAUAACACAGUGACUGGUGGCUCAUGGCCCAAGUCCUUGGUGGAAAUGAGUGGCUACACUUUGGAAGACCUGAUGCCAUGUGUUGAGGAUCUUCACCGGAUAUACGUCAAUGCUGCUCAGCACGCCCAGCAGUCUGUUAAGGAAAAGUACAAGGGCACCAAGUACCUAGCGGUUUCUGCGAUCCCUGCACCUGCUCAGCUGCUGCUCAAGUGAUUCUCCACUCCUUUUUUUUUUGUCGUAGAUGUUUUAUCCAUUGUGAGUUUUUAUAUUUUUGUAAAUGACGUGUCACAAUUUUAAAUACCAGAGCCCCCGCUCUUUUUGGAGUGGUGCUAUGAAUAUUUUUUUUUUUCUCGUGUUCCCCAUUCACGCUGGCCACAACCAGCUGGCUAAUCAAGCAGUUUCAAUAGCUGGACUUUAAAUUCUACAAAAUGCAGGUCUUAUACCACUCAUGAUGCUGCUUUGGUCUGUAGCGUCAACAUGCAGUUGUUGCUGGUUUAUCCGUUUGGCCUCAUGGAAUGCAGAUUAAAAAUUCAUUUUUUUUUCUGUUCAUUAAGUUGUGUCAAUAUAUUGAGACGUGUUUGGAUACAGAGUUUUUGAGCGCUCUUGUGCACUGUAAGAUAUGGCUCUUGUAAAUAAAAGUCAUUUAACAUAA